AUGUCAGAAGCGCAGGACCUACAGUCGCGAAACCAGCGUGCGUCUGUACAAUUUAAGACGCAACAUUCGCUUGUUGUAGCCUUUUUCUUGCUCUUAUUUGUCUUCCAUGCCCUGGGCAUCUACCUCUUCUGCAGCGGCUUCUUGCUCUCCCGUCUUGUCCUUCAAGACCGGUCACUAUGCGACACCCCACCAGCUGCGAUCGGAAGCGCAUAUUCGACAGGCACGAUAGAGAAGGGCUGCUGGCACCCCAAGACCUUCGACAAAGCUGUGGUUAUCCUCGUCGAUGCUUUACGCUACGAUUUCACCGUCCCCUUCCAGCCCAAGCCAGGCGACGAACAACCGCAUUAUUUCCAUAAUGCUCUACCAUUUCUCUACGACAUCUCGGUUGAGCAGCCGCAGAAUGCCUUCCUGCGACCUUUCAUCGCUGAUCCGCCUACGACAACCCUACAGCGGUUAAAGGGGUUGACGACAGGGACCCUACCAGUCCUGAUCGACGCCGGAUCGAACUUUGCAGGGACGGCUAUAGAUGAGGAUAAUCUGGUCGAGCAGCUGUUCAAGGCAGGCAAGAAGGUGGUGCAUAUCGGAGACGAUACAUGGCAUUCUCUGUUUCCGGGCUACUUCGAGCCGAACUUGACAAAGCCCUUUGACUCGUUCAAUGUCUGGGAUUUGCACACGGUGGAUAAUGGGGUGAAUACACAUCUCUUCCCCUUACUGGAGCCGGAUAUGCGGGGGAGGUGGGAUGUCAUCUUUGGGCAUUAUCUGGGUGUGGAUCAUGCGGGUCAUCGCUAUGGGCCUGAUCAUCCCGCUAUGACAGAUAAAUUGAAGCAGAUGGAUGGGGUGUUUCGGAGGAUGAUUGACAAGCUGGAUGAGGAGACUUUACUCGUCGUCAUGGGCGAUCAUGGGAUGGAUGUCAAGGGGGAUCAUGGGGGGGAGUCGGACGAUGAGAUCGAGGCUGCGUUGUGGAUGUAUUCCAAACGUGGCGUCUUUGGGCAUCAUGGGAAUGAGCCCGCCGCGCCUCCACUCACGGCCAAGGAGCGAGCGGUGGGACAGAUCGAUCUGGUGCCUACUUUGGCGUACUUGCUUGGUUUACCCGUGCCAUUUAAUAAUCUCGGACGACCUAUCGCCGAAGCAUUUCUCGGCCCUCGAGGUGACUACGGGAAAUUGGCGGAAGUCAAUCGUCUUACUGCGGCGCAAAUCCACCAGUACCAAGGUCGAUAUGCACAAGCUCGAGGUCUCGACGAGUCGGCCACUUCCACCACCGCGACGUUGUGGCAGGCGGCGCAUUCCACUUACCAAAGACUUAGGGGUACGACAAAAUCGCAAGACCUGCGCACGGUCUCGGAUGCCUUUGUGGCGUACGCGGAAGAGAAUCUACGCAUCUGCCGCGGCCUCUGGGCUCGUUUUGACUUGAUCAGCAUGGGCAUGGGAAUCUCGGUGCUCAUCGGGACUCUUGUGGUUCUCGCGAUCUAUGCUCAAGGUAUCCGUGCCGAUCGCGCGACCAUCACACCACUGCUACUCAGCUUCGGGGCAGCAGGCACGGCAGUAGGUGGAGUGGCUGGGGCAGCAGUGGGUUUGAUACCCGCGCUCUCCUUCACACAGAUUUCUGCUUUUGGCGCCGCGGCGGGAGGUAUACUGGCUACGUUGACGGGACUCUGGCCUGCGAGGAAGAUCUUAAGUGUGCCAUUACCCAGAACAUUUUGGGGUGGGCUGUGCUUCCUUGUCACGACGUUGCUAUGCGGUGGUUUCGCAGCCAACUCCUUCACAAUCUGGGAGGACGAGCAGUUACUUUUCAUCCUUACUACUUUUGGCGUGCUGAUGCUGGGGAGCUCGCUGGGUCAGGAAUACAAGGAGGAUAGGGUGUUUGGGGCUGCUAACGCUGUAUCUUUCCUUCUUGCGACAAGGCUGAGCUCGAUGUCGAGGCUUUGUCGGGAGGAGCAGAUGCCGGAUUGCAGGUCUUCGUAUUAUGCUUCGGCGACUUCGUCGACUUCGGCGGGUUGGCAGCUGGCGAUUCCUUUCUUGGUCUUUGCUGUUCUGCCUUCGGCCAUCUCACUAUCCUACAAGCGGACGAAGAAUUAUCAGGGGAUGGGGGUGCUAUGGAUCCGCUAUGCGAUGCGCAUUGGUUUGGGAUUAGUGGCUGUAUACUGGAUCAUGGACGCUGCGGACGAUGGCGAGUGGUUCUCCUCCAUCUCCAAAUCAGACCUGCGGACAUGGAGGGUGGUGGUCGCGCAACUCACUUUGGGUCUCGCUUUCGCGGCAGGCUAUAGCACGUACCUCAUCGCUGGCCCACUGAUCUCUGUCGAGGAAACGGAAGCGACGGAUCCCGCUCCGGAAGUCUCACUUCCAGACGAUGUCCUCCAAGAAGACGGAGGCAUCUUCACACCCAUGCCAACGACGACAGCCAAACCACGGAAGAAAAUCAUCAUCCUAGGCUAUGCGAACACCCACGGCUCGCGAUACCUUCUCCUCCCCUGCGCAUGGAUCCUAGCUCUCCAGCUCAUGCAGAAACCCAUGGGCCAGGGCGCUUUGGCCUUAUGCAUGAUCUCCAUCGUCAACCUCCUCGAAAUCAUCGAUGCCAAUGAUCUACGCCACUCACCCUUGGGACCGACCCUCUUGGCUUUGAUGGGGUGCUUCUACUUCUUCAAAACGGGUCAUCAGGCCGCACUCGCCACGAUCCAAUGGGAAAGUGCCUUUAUCCCGCUCCGAAGCGUGCGAUAUCCCUGGAGUCCACUCCUCGUCGCCCUAAACACUUUCGGCGCACAGAUAUUAUGCGCCAUGGCCGUCCCCGCGAUUUCAGUCUGGAAAGUUCCCCCCAAACAACCUGGGCUGCUGGGCAGGGUGGCGGGGGCGAUGGCGACGCAUCUCUUAUUCUACGCUGCCGUUGCUGUGGCGACGGUGGUGGAGUGUGCGUGGUUGAGACGGCAUUUGAUGCUGUAUCGUGUGUUUAUGCCGAGGAUGUUGAUGGCAAUUACUGUGCUUUUGCUCGUGGAGGUGGUGGGGAUAGGGGUGGCGCUCGUGGGGGUUAGGUGGUCGAUUUUGAGUGUCAAUGAUGUUUUUGGGUGGCCGGGGACUGCGCAGGAUCAGGAGGAGGAGGGGGAGGAGGGGGAGAAGGAGAAGAAGAAGAAGAAGGAAGAGUAG